GCUUAACUGGACGUCACGACGUGUAUUUCAUUUAAGUUGGCCGUCAUCAGCCGUCAUUUUGUUAUAUUUGUAUAUUUUGUCGGCAAUUUUUAUGUGAAUAAUCAUAAAAAUGGCUAAAUUAGUCGAUAUAUAUAAUUGUGAUAAAGACCCCGUUAUCAAGAGAAAACAGUUGCCGUUAACUAUUUACGAAAACUUAACUAUGAUUAUGGAUCUAAAUACUAUGGGCCUUAUUUUUGAUAGUCCUCAAGUUAAAGGUCGGGAAUACGAUGAAUUUAUCCGCAAAUACAGAACUCUCACGACAGAUGAAUUAAAGUCGGCACUUAGAGUUGACGCUUCCGAUAUAUUUAAUGUUUUAAAUCAAAGCAUUCCUUGUGUUGGUUGUCGAAGAAGUGUUGAAAGACUUUUUUAUCAAUUAUGUAAAUCAGGUCAUCCAACUUUAGAUCCAUUAAUUUUGACACAAGAUGAAAUUAUGACUAUAAGAGAAGAUAAAAUAACAAAUCCACAGUCCCUGGCCACAUUGCUAAAUGGACACAGUACUGGUCUUGAAUGCCUUAUCUUGAGUCAACCUAGAUGGAAAAAGUCCCAGCGGUGUACGUUACAUUCACUCGAGGCAGGCACUGCAAGAGGUUGGGGUGCCACAUCAGGCUGUGGUUGGGGCUGGGGUGCGUGGGGGUGGGGUGGUCGCACGGCAUGGUGUGCAGCGUGGGACGCCAUGCGUACCUCAGCAAGGGAACAUGUCACCUUAGUACAUUUUAACACUUUACAUGAUACUCUUCACAACUAUCUCAGGAAACACAGAUUUUGUGCAGACUGCAAAACUAAGGUAUUGAGAGCUUAUCAGUUAUUAGUUGAAGAGAAAGAACCACAAAAAGAGAAAGGUUAUGUUGGUGCCUUAUAUGGAGGUAUUAAACGGUGUCUGUUAGACAAACAUCUGCACCUACAAGCAAAAACAGACUACAUUGCACAUCUUAUAGCUAGAGCUGAGCCAGAACUGUUUGGGAAUCAUCGUGAAAAACAUGCUAAAACUUUAGAAAUUGCACAGGAAGAGGUCCUAAUUUGUCUUGGAAUAUGCAUCUAUGAGCGGCUGCAACGAAUUUCACUUAGACUGCGUGAAGAAGAAAACACAUGUCAAAUACUUGCAGCUGUAGGUGUAGAAGCACUGUAUCGUAAAUUUGAGACAGCUGUUGAACUCAAGAGUGGUGUAUCAAAGCUACAGCUUUUAUAUGAUGAAAUAACACAAGAAGAAUUAACAAGACAGCAACGAAAAGAACAGAAAAAGCUUAAAAGAAGGAAGAAGAAGGAACGCCUGGCUGUAGAGGGCAAAUGCAAAGAAGCUGAUUCAGAGGAACCUGAAGACAAGUGCCAAUGUGAAGAAUGUUUAUUAGAAGAAAGAGAUACUCCAACUGAUUUGCUAACACCUCGUGAUUUCAACCAGUGCUAUGAUGGAAUACAAUCCAAUGGUGAUAGUUGUCAUUCAUGUCAAGAAGACUAUACGAAACUUUGUUCACCAAAGAAGUUAGGAAAAAAACUAACCAAAAACGGCAACUUAUCACCUAAUGAACAUUCUCAAGAUUGUGGUUACUCAUCUGGUAACAAUGGUGGUUGCUGUGAAACAAUGUCUGGUUCAUCUUCGUUAAUGAGUUCUCCGGAAGGUUCUGAGGUUGCUUGUUCUGAAGGAUUUUGCAAUCACGAAAGGGGAGACUGCUUGGAUAUACCUAAAAACGACAAAAUUUCAUGCACUGGUUUCACACUCUCUCUGCAAGAAAUGCUGGACACAUGUUCAUCAGAUGAAGAAAAAGACACCAGUUAUAUUCCCAUUGAAGAAGUACUGGAAUUUAAAUCAAGGAGAAACAUUACAGAAAAAAGGCAAGAGCUAAGACAGAAUUUAAGGCAAAAGUUUGCUCAGUUAUGUGUGAACACACCACAAUUACCAUCUGUAAUGCUAAAGCAGGGUAAAAAUCCUGUAUAAUAUGAUAAUAAAAUAUUGUAACAUUCAAA